AUGACAGAAACACACAAAGAGCUCGAAGAUGUCCCAAUGGAUCUGUUUGACGAUGACUUUGAAGACGGCAUGGACACCGAUCAACAGCCCAACAACACUCCUCUAGCGAACAAAACGCAAUCACUCGAUGACGAUCCAGUGUUCCUGUUGCGACUCUUUUAUCAGCGCUUCUUUCCUUACAAGCAGUAUUUCCAUUGGUUGAAUUAUGGCACAGACACUUCGCAAAACUUUACGCACCGAGAAUUCAGUUUUACAUUGCCAUCUGAUAUUUACAUCCGAUACAACUCGUUCCAGGAUAUCGACGUUAUGAAGAAAGAGAUUGAACGACUUCAACCAGUGAAAAUCGAUAUUGGAGCUGUAUACUCGGUCAAGCCAAAAGACAAAAAGACCGUAAACGAGAAGGCAUUCAUUCCAAAGGAGAAGGAAUUGGUAUUCGAUAUUGAUAUGACAGAUUACGACGAGAUUCGAACAUGUUGCAGUGGAGGCGAUAUUUGUCACAAGUGCUGGGAAUUCAUGACAAUUGCAAUCAAGGUCAUUGAUGCUUCUCUUCGACAGGACUUUGGAUUUAAGCAUAUCAUGUGGGUCUACUCGGGUCGUCGUGGUGUGCAUUGCUGGGUAUCCGAUGAACGAGCUCGCCGGUUGAACAAUGAAAGCCGAAAGGCCAUUGUUGGAUUUCUUGAAGUGAUCAAGGGUGGUGCUGAAAGUGCUCGCAAGGUCAAGUUACCGGCUACAUUACAUCCUUCACUUGGACGUUCAUUGGACAUUCUCAAACCCUACUUUGGAUCAUUACUGCUCGAGGAACAAGGCAUCCUGGAUAAACCUGAGAGCUGGGAAAAAGUGUUAAAUAUCCUUCCUGAUGCAGGCAUCCGGGAAGAAUUGAAUACAGCAUGGAGUGAGGAUCCUUCUAGGUCAGGAGAAGAUAAAUGGCAAGAUUUGCUCGGGUUGCUUACAGCCAUGGAUAAGAAAAAGAAGAGAUCGGAAGGAAGUCAAGUUGCCAGAGACAUUGUAUUCCAAUACAGCUAUCCUCGGCUAGAUGACAAGGUCUCGGUGCAGAUCAACCAUUUACUCAAGAGCCCAUUCUGUGUACAUCCAAAGACACAACGUGUAUGUGUGCCUAUCAAGGUGGAAGAUUGCGACAGCUUUGAUCCACUGGGUGUACCGACGUUGAGUCAAUUGGCCAAAGAGCUGAAUGAAUACGAUCAAAAGCAUAAAGACAACACUGAACGCAAGAUUCCCGACUACAAGAAAACUUCUCUACGACCGUACAUUGAGACAUUUGAAAAGUUUGUCAAUAGCCUGAUGAUUGAAAGCCAAAAGAUAAAGCGAGACAUAGCACAAAACAGCAUGGAGUUCUAG